UGCGCCCCCUCCCCUUCGCGCUGCGCCCUCCCCCUCCCCAAGGUGUUGGCGGCGGCGGGGACGCGCUCGCUCGUGAACGCGCCGCCCCCCCCCCCUGCUCCCUCCCCGCUCCCCUCGGCUUCUCCCCGGCUGCGCUGGUAGCGGCGGCUCGGCCAUGGCGGCCCCGGCGGAGCUGAGCGUGGAGCGGCUGCGGGCGCUGCCCGGCAGCUGGAGUUACGGGAUCAGCCAGGGCGGCCGCGUCUUCUUCAUCAACGAGGAGGCGAAGAGCACGACCUGGCUGCACCCGCUCACCGGAGAGGCCGUGAUCACCGGGCACCGUCGCAGCGCAGACUUACCCACAGGUUGGGAAGAAGCUUAUACUUUUGAAGGUGCAAGAUAUUAUGUAAAAUAUUUGAAGAGUGGAUAUAAAGACUUCCUGGCUGACACAAAUGGCUUUUUUUUGCUGUUAAAAUAGCUUUUGUGGGAAUAAACAUGUAAACUGUCUCAAUAGAUAGGAAUCAAUUCCUAAAUUUGCUGGAUGUGCCUCUGGAAUAUCUUUAAAAUAAAAAGAAAAUGCUAUAAAGAAAGUUAAGCUUGUAAAAGCUACUUUAUUGUAACACCACCUGGAUUCUUAAUCUAAGAUUUAUUUGCAUUUAAUUAUUUCUUAUUUGGAUUGGGAGGAACAAGAUUAGGGAUAACUGUAAAAUACUAGAACCGUGGGUUGUCAUUUUAUCCAGUAAACAAAUAAGAGAACCGAAUAACAAGAAUAUUGGAAAGAGAUAAUUUAUAAAACAGAUUUUUUUAUUUAAACUACUGAUCAGCAGGAAUUCGGUUAUGAAGUGUUCUACCAACACUGCCUAAAUUUAAUCCUACAAGGAAUUCAGCCAAGCUUUUAAAGGCAUUUGAUGACUUUUUUUCAUGGCUUAUCCAUUUUGGAAGAGGCAAUAUGAAAAUGACAAAACCAAAGAAUAACUUGGGUGAGUUUCCAAAAGUUGAUAAAGAGCUUGCCAUAAUUUCCUGAUUUUCAGGCUCUUCAAUUUGAACUGGCUUGUGACUGCUACUUUACCCAUCUGAAACCCAUCCUGAAAAACAAUAGAAGAAUUGUUUGACAGAGAAGUCAGCAACUAGUGUCUUGGCACUGUCUUCAUCUUUUAAGCCAGUUUGUUGACACCAAAAACAUGAAUAGAACUUUGGGGGGAGAGACCAAAACAAAAAAAAAAAACCAAAACAAACAAAAACAAAAACAAAAACAAGUAAAUCUAAAUAGAAAAUGGACCCCAUUUUAUAGAGACUACAUCUUUCUAUGGGAUUACUUUAAAAUUCUACUUUACAAAAUAACAUUUGAAAAUACUCUUAUCUGUAAAUAGGUUGUGUUUUCUUUGUUUCUUUGUUUCUUUUUGUUAAUUAGCUCUCGUAUUUACUUUUGUCUAUGUUUUAAUCCAUCUAAUUGCACUUUCACAUAAAAAAUGAUAAAUUAUUGAGGUGCAGCAACAUUUGUUUCUAAUUUUCAUUCACUACAAAAACCAAAACAAAACAAACCCCACAAACUUCCAAGACCUAAUUCCUGCAAAACUCUUUGUAAUAGAUGAAGGAAUGGGAAUACAGGAAGUAACAUGAAAAAUUAUCUUACAAGUUUUGACAACGGCUGCCACAGCUGCAUUUGCUCUAUGCUGCUGUUUGAUGUACGCUUUUGAGUGGGUUUGAAGCAGCGGUGAAUUGAGGCUGCUUUAAGUGCUGACAAUACAAGGUAUGCAAACAAAAAACCCACAGACAAGUGAAUUCUGUAACAAAAAUCUCUGAUUAUGCAUGGAAUUGUCAGUGAAAGUUCAUCAUAAACAUUUUAAGAGAAUGAAAGUGCUGUGCAAAACAAUUAUUUCGUACUUUGUUCAUUCUCUCAUAAAAUCUUCCCAUAAAAUCAGUUACUCUUUCAUAACUGUGGUCAACGAAUGAUAUAGUAUUGAAGUAGGUUUGCCGAGUCUGAAGUUAAUGGCUCACUCAAAGGGGAAAGAAAUUUUUUUUUUUAUUAUUAUUUUUUUUUUAGUGUACCUUUGGAACACUUUCCCAGGGUAGGUACAUCUUAGAGAACUUAAACUAUUUGAAACUAUCUAGAAAAGAUCAGUCCCACAAAGUCCUGUUCCUCUAGUCAUAUCUUUGGUUGAUGCAAAAGUAAUUGUGGUUUUGGACCACACAUUUUAAAUCUUUAUAGCUGGGCUCAAACACAUCUUUAUUAAUCAAAAUAGGAACCAUUACAGUCAACACAGUUUUGCCAAUGAGAAAUAAGUUUGUUUAUUCCUGUAGGGUAAAAAUCCGUGCUUUGGGAUUCAGUGAUUUCUUGGAAAGCAUUUUCUGCAUCCUGCUGGUUGUGGAAGCGUUUUCCCUGCAAAAAGUUGUGAAGGUGCUUGAAGAAGUAGUAGUCAGUUGGUGAGAGGUUAGGGGAAUAUGGCAGAUGAGGCAAAAAUUUGUAGCCCAAUUUGUUCAACUUCUGAAGUGCUGGUUGUGUAAUGUGCAGUUGGCUGCUGUUGUGGAGAACAAUUGGGCCCUUUCUGUUGACCAAUGCUGGCUGCAAGCAUUGCAGUUUUUGGUGCAUCUCAUUGAUUCGGUGAGCAGAUUUCUCAGAUGUAAAUGUUCUGCUGGGAUUCAGAAAGCUGUAGUGGAUCAGACCUGCAGCAGACCACCAAACAGUGACAAUGACUUUUUUUGCUGCAAGUUUGGCUUUGGGAAGUGCUUUGGAAGUUCUUCUCGGUCCAGCCACUGAGGUGGUCAUUGCUGGUUGUCAUAUGCAAUCCACUUUUCGUCGUAUGUCACAAUCCAAUUGAGAAAUGGUUCAUCAUUGUUGAAGAUGACACUUCAAAAUGAAGAUUUUUUUAAUUUUUGAUCAGGUCAUAAGGCACCCACUGAUCAAGCUUUUCCACCUUUCCAGUUUGCUUCAAAUGCCAAACAACCCUAGAAUGGUCAAUGUUAAGUUCUUCACCAACUUCUCAUGUAGUUGUAAGAGGAUCGGCUUCAAUGAUUGCUAUCAACUCAUCAUAGUUGACUUCUGAUGGCUGACCACUACACUCCUCAUCUUCAAGGCUCUUGUCCCCUUUGUGAAACUUCUAGAACUACCACUGCACUGCACCUUAGUUAACAGUUCCUGGGCCAAAUGCAUUGUUGAUGUUGAGACUUGUCUCUGCUCCUUUACGAAAUGUUUUGAACUCGAGUAAGAAAAUAACUCUAAUUUGCUUUUUGUCUAACAUAAUUUCCAUAGUCUAAAAUAAAUAUAAAGUACAUAGCAAGUAAUAAGUCAGUAGAAAAAAAACAAAGCAAGAAAAGCUCAUUAAAAUGAUGAAUAAUAUAGCCACAUUUAAAAAUACGUUUCAAUACCAAAUGGCAAAUAUCAUCAAUACAAAAAUCGCAAUUCCUUUUGCACCAACCUAAUAGUUGUUCUUCUCUCCCAUGAUGGCUUUAGCAAUCAUGUAGUCAUGUGAGAAAUCAAAUCAAACUGUAAAUUUGUGUAUUUUAGAAAUAGUUUUCAGUAAGGUGUGUGAGCUGACUGAACCCGUAGCACUUUCAGUAAGUGCUUCUGCAAAUGCCAGUUCAUCAGGCAGUAUUCAGAGAAGAGACUUUUGAGUUUGCAUAGCUCCAUCUGUUUUACAACAAAAGGGUUUGUUAAGGUUUAAAUGUUAUUCACUAAAUAGCAUGCUGUAUGGUACUGCUAAAUGGGGAAAAAAUUUACUAUGUCAAUUUCCUUAGAGUUUUUGUGCAGUAUUCUUAUGUACUUACUUGAGCAAUGCCAGCUCAGUGUUUCCUUGCAACUCAGUCAUGUUUCUAUUUAUACUAACGGUUUUCUUUGAUUAGCUAAAAAAGUAAGAAAGUACUAUUUCUAGCAUAGAAGGCAUAUUGAAAUAGAGAUGUAAAAAUAUUCUUUGAAGUCUGCUUUUAUGGCUGCCCUCAAAAUCAGCAAAAGCUUUAGAAUCCAGCAAAAUUGUUAAUUCUGUUUAUUGAAUUUAACAACUUGCCUAAAAGAAUGCUGUAAUGUACAGCUGAGAUGGUGGAUAAGUUAAAAUGUAACUAUGCUUACAGGAAUUGAUUAGAAUAGUAGAAUUAACUCUUCUGGACUAGCAGCGUGUGCCGACAUCGUUAGUAACUACUUCUAUUUGAGAUGAGUUAAAUAUCUUGAUUACACCUGUAGGUGCAAGUCUUCACUUCUAAAAGUGACUUUGGAGACCAGGGAAGGCUACUUCACCUUCAUGGUUUUUUGUUACUACCAUGUAUAUGUAUGUGUGUUUGCAUGUGUGUGUGUACAUAUGGAACCAAGGUUUGAGAUUUUUCUAUAAUUUUCGGCUGGUUUCUAUGUUGAAAAUUCAGGUCCUCUCUUAGAGUUCCAGCUGACAGCUAGAGGACUAUUGAAGUUGACUUAAAAAAAUUAAUGCCAAGCUGACUGAGUAGGUAAAGAGUUUUUCAAUCUUUUCGAGGGUUUAGGUUGCGGGGUGACGAUAAAACCCUGGCAGAUGUAUUGUUAACCUCCUCUCCCCCCGACACUUCCCCCUUUCUGCCCCUCCCUCUCCCCCCUUCCCACUCAGGACAAGCGAUUGGGAGGGAAAGAAGGACAGAGAGAAGAGAGUUGGAAAAAUUAACAAUGUUUUACUAAUGAUACUAGUAAGAAUAGAGAAAAUAAUACAAAAUAUACAAAACCAAUCUUGAAAGUCUCAGCAACUGCAGAGCCGGCAACCAAAGUCCUGGAUUAGACUCUGCAGCCAAUCAGAGCUGGAUCCAGUCUGUCACUAGGCCUCAGUUCGCAGGGACGACUAGCAAGGUCCUCUCCUAAUGCCGGCCAUAAGCAGAAGGGAAAAGGCAAAAGGAAAAGGCAGGAAAAGGGACGAGAUCCUCGUGAUCUCCCACUUUUAUAUGAAAUAUUCACGUGAAUGGAAUGUUAUACACAGUUGGUCAGUUUCUUGGUCACUUGUUUCUCGUCGCUGCUCUCGCGAGAUGUCCAUUCAUGCUUAUCAAUAAGUUUGCAUUCCAUUGCUAUGUUUACCAAAACAUGUGUCUGGUUCUCCAGGAAAAUGCAGUUAAUAUGAAGGCUUUAGCUGACAGGCAAAAUUCACUGAAAGAGAAACUUGUUUUUAACAAAACUAGGACAAUCUCCAGGUUAAUAAUUUUAUUUUAAUCACCACUCCCUAAUGAAUAACUCUGAGAAAAGGUAGAGGUGUAUUUAGAUGAAAUGAUUCAUUCUUGAGAUUCCUAAAAUUCCAGCAAAACCAGAAAAGAGUUGUCUUAAUGUUACUGAUGUUUCUGUGGUAAAGUGGACAAUGAAGGUAGAAUAGAGGAGGGAGAGGGAAGCACCAAAUAUAAAAUAAUGGCAAAAUGUUUAUGUUUGCUACAAAUUCCUGGAGAAAUUUUAAUUCUCUUUUAAUUCUCUUAGGUGUCUUUGUACUCAUUGUAAUAACUAUAUUUUAAAAACAAACACAAACAACCAACCACAACAAAACAAAAACACCAAAGAAAGCCCUAAACCAACCAACAAACAAAAACAAACAACAAAAGAAGUUGACCUCGGGAGUUUCAGUCAUUAAUCACAUUGAUAAAAUAAAGGUAAAGUCAUUUGUCUGACUUGCUUGUAAACACUAUUUUUUCUCCACAAAUUAUUUGAUGUGUCUAUUGGUUUUAAAGGCAGAGAGCAUAAGCCAUACUUGUUCCACCUGUUAUCACAGCACAGCGUUAAAAGCAUGGACCUGUAUGCCUGGAAAUAACAGAAGUAUUUCUGACUGAAUACCAGGAAUUUUGUCAGUUUUGGCAAGAUGAUUUAAGGAAAUGGUUCUGCCUUGAAAAAUACUGUCAGAAACAAGCUUUCAGUGCACAAUCUUUUAUUGCAGAGAAUAGGCAGCUGCUGCUGCUGCUAACUUUUUCAGGGCUAUUUGACAUAGAAAUAUCAUUUUGUCAGCAACUGAAGGGGCUUUUGCCAACUCAUGAUGACAAAAAACUGUAAAUAGCCUUUACAAGUGCAUAAUCUGUGAUUUACCUCAUCUCAGUUCUUGCCCAGAGAGGACGUGGAGUCUCUGUCUUUGAAGAUUGUCAAAACUUGACAGAACAAGGCUCUCAUUAACCUGCACUAGGUUUGAAGCUGGCCCUGCUUGGAGCAGGAGGUCAGACUAAAUGAGGUCCAGAGGUACUUUCCAGCCUAAAUCAUUGGGCGAUUUUUGUGAGGGAAACAGUGAAUCUUCCAUAAGAAGAUAAUAUCGUAGUAGCUUUUUCUCCAUAGGCAUCAGCUUUCGACUAGAACGUGUAAGGAGGAAUACUAAGCAAAAAUACUUGUACUAUGUGAUUUUUUGGGGGGUGGAUUGAAUCUGUUGCAGUGCUCAUUACAAGUAAACACUGUUUAAUUUAUAUUUCAAAUAUAAUUUUAAAAUCAAACAGUUUGUUAUAUAGGGGUCUAAAGUGUGAAGAGAAGAACAUGGACUUUGGUAGGAAAUGUGUAUACUGAUGGACUCAUCUUUAUUUUUUUUUGUUUGUUGUAGAGGAUCUUUGAUAGAAGUCAGAUAACACAUGCAUUUCUUUUGGCAAGUUUCAUUUUUUCUAUUUUGACUUUUUUUUUUUUUUUGUGACUACUGCCAUUUAAUGCCAAUAGGUUCAUUUCCUAAUCUUAUUUUAUAGGUAUGGUUUUUGAAGAAAUAAACUGCCAGGAGAAGGUCUGGGCUUGAAACUGUGGUCCCACUAAUGUACAUAGAGACCUGUAGCUCAGUUGAGUUUGCUUUUUUGAGUUGAUGGGGUUUUAUACUCUGUCAGCACAUGCAAAUGCAAAUCAUUUCUUAGAGAAAUAGGACCUCUGGGUGGAAGAAAAGCAACUAGUACAGGUACAGCUGCUCUCUGACAUCUUUGUUGUCUCAUUCUUCCCUCUUUCUCAGUAUUCCUUGCAUGCUUGUCCCCCCUCUCCAGUGUAUAAAUGGCCUUACUUUGUUUAACAGCUGUUGUCACCUGGACAAGGCCAUUUGUCUCAGCUUGAGUGCACUGUGAGACUCCUCCUGAAGGACUUGAACUAAAGGACUGCUGACUUACAUGCUGUUGUCCUCUGUCUCGAUUGUCAACCACAGGAAAGCCAGGCAAAAAAAGAUUACUAGCAGGCAAAUGUGACCAUGGAGAGAUGCAUUGAUAUGUGUGUAAUUAUUAUCUAAGGACACUUGAGCAAAUUAAGUAAUUUCAGACAUGCUUAGUGUGGUUUAGAGUUCAAAGAUGAUGAAUUCCUACAAAGUUUUGCCAAAACAGGUAGGAGGAUCUAUUCUAUUUGGGGAAAAUAUUAUGGAAGGCCUCAAAAAUUACUUCUGUGUUAGAUGUUAGAGAAUCCACUAGUUAAUCGAGAAGUCCUUCUUGUGCGAAUUUUCUGGACCUAAAGAGGACAUGUUUAUUUAUUUGGGUUUUUAUUUUUAGUCUCUGGUAUACUUCUACACUAGUUCCAGACCAAAGCUGCAUUACUGCAUAGUUCUGUGCCAUGUGCUAGUAUUUCCAAUUCAAUAGAGAUUUCCACAGUGCUUUCGCAUCUUUAACAUGUCCUAAAGUUCUUAAUAUUUGCUAGUAGAGCAGAGUGAAGGCUGUCUAAUUCACAUCUUCCAAAGUGUGGUGUUCACUAGCAUUCAGAAAAUAGGGCAAAUAGCGUGAACUUUUGGGCACCUCCUGGGGAGAAUCUGUGUUGACAAGGUCAUCAGUUGAUUUUAGUUCAUGCUUCUGAAAAAAAUUUGGAAGCAUAGAUGCAAAAGUGGUGCAAGGAAGAACAGACAGGAGGAAAUUCUAAGUAAUUUUUAGGGUGCUUAGGCUAAAGUUUGACAUUUUAGUGCCAACACACCCAGCUGCCUUUACCACAGUGGCAGAAGCUGCUCUGAAUAGUGUAGGGGGGAAUAAGUGCAUUACCCCUUCCCUGCCGUGCACCUCCAAGGAAAAAAAUGUUGGGUUGGUUCUUUUUGAAAGGAAUAGCUUCAUAUGGACAAGAGAAACAAUUUGUCAGGAUAACAAAAGUAGUGUAAGCAUCUCAUUCAUGGAAUAGCAUAUUGAGAACCUCUUACUUGUUGAGUCUGCAACUCUUUCACUUGAUCAAACCUGUUUCUUUCAGAAACUGAAUGUGAGUCAUGAGUGCAGUUCUGUCACUUUGUAUGAAAGGCUUUGAUCUUUUAUCUAACUCAUACUUAUUGCUUUGAUGGUAUUUUUGAAGCAAAUUCAGUGAACAUGUGUUGUGGGGUUUUGGUGUGGGUGAUUUUUGUGGUAGGUUCUUUUCGAGUAUUCAAAUAGUGCUCUCCUAUUAGAAAUGUUGUUAUUUAGAAAAAAAAAAAAAACAACUGCAGGAGUUUAGCAGAGGACAAAGAACCAUAAAUACUGUCCUUAAAGGCUGCAAAUGAUACAUGGCUAUUGAGGAGACUUAAUGAGCCCAGGACAUUACUUGUAGGCACAGAGCUUGUAAAAUGAGAUUAUGCACACCUGUACCUAGCAGGACUGCUCUCCUGGUUCUAAAGGAGUGUUCCAGUUUUGAAUGUAUUGUUUGGGGUUUGUUUACCUAGAAAUUAAUCUUAACUUUGCAGCUUGAUUGCUUAAGAGGGUAAUAAUUGCCAGGAUAGUAGUUCAGAAAUCUGAGAGAGAUUAAUUUGAGAAUUGAAGACUUUUUUUUUUUUUUUUUUUUGACUAGUGGAAGCGGAAGAGAAACAGAACUUAAGCUUCUUGUUGAAAUGACUGAAAUAUUAAACUGUAGACCUCAAUUUUUCUCUCAUAAGGCACAACAUAAGUUAGAAUGAAGUGCAGUAAGAACUUGUAUUUUAGACUAAUAAAGCAUAAAGCAAAGCUUGAUUUUGUCUGUGGGAGACAGCCUUGUUUUGUCUGUUGUGGCAAUGUGUGAAAGUGUUUAUUUUUUGAGCUUCAGAUAGCUACCUUGUAAUAUUUUCCUCUUUUUACUUUGAUUUUAUUACCUUUGUUAUUGUCAUUGUUGUAUGGCCUGAAAGGUAUCUGGUUGUUUAAUCAGUUUUCCAAACUACGAACAAAUUGAGUCCAACCUUUGGGAGCAAGAAAAAUAGUUGCUUCUUUGUGAAUCAUUUUACCUGAACUCAGUCAGACAAUGGAGGACAUUCAUCAGCAAAGUCAGAUUUAUUGCUUUAAGACCAACAGUAUUACACCUAUUAUAAAUUACGCAAUGAAGCUGUGGUAAAUGUAAGCUUUUGUGGGAUUUGUUUUAAGAUUAUUAGUAUGUUGCACAACGCCAUGUACAUGUGAUUGUAGCUUUCCUAGUUGGUGGUGCAGGCGAUGAACUUAGUUUACAGCAAUUUACAACCAGUUUAGGACCUUGUCUUUCAAGUGUAAAGGAAUGUGUACUUAAAUAGGUAAUAGCAACAAAACGCUGCCUUUGCUGUUUGUGUUGCUUUGAUUCCAACACAGUGUCUCUUGAGCUAAACAUCCUUUUUGUAUACCACUACUUAAUUGAAUUGUGUUCUUCCUUGCUAAACUAUGAACUUUAUGGUUGGUGUGGUCAACAGGAAAAUCUUGUUUUAGGCCCUAGGGCAAGUACCUGAUUACUGCUGUGAAGCCGUUGUUGGGCUUUCCUUUUUUUUUUUUUUAUUUUAAACUUUCUAAAUAAUUUGUGAUUAUACAAACUUUAAUGAUGGUGUUGACUUUUCUGCUUUCUUGAGAAAUAGUGUAUUAUGCCAGUGUGAAAGGAGGAACGAGUAAAAAUUUUAUUAAUUCAUACACACAGCUUUGUUUAACUGGGGUUUAUAACUUUUUCAGACCAAAAUAUUUAAAUAAAUUUGGUUCGGUGAGAUUAAAGUUUAAUCUUUUGGAAGAAGAUACAACAAGGAGAUACAAUAAAAAUCACUCAAGGCGAUAAUUACUUUCAUGAACAUGUGUUUUGAUUUUUAACGUGGAAGAUGGUACAUCAUUUGUGACAUGAUAACUCAUAAGCUAAAAUAAAUAAAACCAGCAACCAAA